GAGAACGCACCGUGUUGUCUGUCCUCGGUAGACCUCUGAUCAACCCGGUGCUUUGAGUAAACCUACAGUCGCAAUGGCAGACGCUCUGGCUAAAAUCCCCGACGUGGAGAUUGAUCCAGAGGGAACCUUUAAGUACAUACUGGUCAGAGUUAAAGUGAAAGAUGGCGAUGUGCAUAAAGACAUAGUUCGAGGCACAAAAAGUGCAGAGUACCACAAUCAUAUAUUUGAGAAGGUCAAUCCAGCUAUGGAGGCCUUGGGGAUGGAGUGUAAAUGCCUUGGAGGAGGGAAGAUAGACCACAACAGCCAAGAGAAAAAACUAAGGGUGUUUGGAGAAUCAACUGCGUUUGGUAAAGCAGAUCAUUCUGUCUCUGUGGGGAAGCUGAAGAGUGCCUUCAGCGACUAUGAGAUCACCUGGUCUGAUGACAAAAAAUAAGAGUGUAAACCUGCAUCUCAUUUCAAAUGUCUUCCUUUAUUUAUCUGAUAUGAAAAACUAUUAAAUAAAGUAUUUUUUUGAAUGCAGGAUUCAUCAUGUGGUAACCUGAAAUGUGAAGGUUGUGGUAUAAACUCUGCAAACCUCAUUUCAUGUAAAAAAUAAAGUGAUUGUUUUAUGCA